GCGAACCAAGCCACUGGUAACAAGGCGACGUGUCUGUAGGACGUUCCAUGUUUACUCAAAUACGAGCCAGGAUCCUGCUGGCGGGACGGUAGCAGUCAGAGGGAUCAGCGCUUGGACCGGACUGACGUCGUUUUUCUGCGGUGCGAACAGUGUUUUACACUGGCGUUUGCUCGGCUCUUCAUGGUCGGCUGAUGGCGGGGAGGCUCGACGAGCAGCCGGAUCGACUGAAGACACACGCUGGACGUGCUGGGACAUCAUAUACCAAUAAACCAUGUCUGGGUAGCAUCGGCGGAGUGCUAGAAGCCAAGGAGGACCAAAGAAGUAGUUGGGAUGGCCUGAUGGUGCCCUUUGGGCACAAAGUGUAGCUGACUGAUGGGACCUGCUGUGCCACCAUGAGUUUACAAGAUGACGGAUGCAGCAAUGCCAGCCGCACAAACAUGGCCAACGCCAGCAGCAGUAUGCGGCGACGCCUGGAGGACCAAGAUUUCAGCCUGCGGGUGUACCCAGGUGCCCUGGCUGAGGGCACCAUCUAUUGCCCGGUCAUCGCCCGCAAGAACACUACUGCUGCUGAGGCUAUUGAGUUCCUCAUUGAGCGGCUGCAGCUGGAGCAGAGAAAAUGCUAUGUGUUGGCAGAAGUGAAGGAGUUUGGGGGAGAAGAAUGGAUUCUCAACCCCGGCGACUGCCCAGUGCAGAGGAUGAUGCUGUGGCCCAGAAGUGCACUAGAAAACCGCCGCUGCCUGGGCAGUGCUGAAGACUACCGCUUCCUGCUGCGGGAGAAAAACCUGGAUGGCUCUAUUUAUUAUGGAGGUAGUCUGCAGAUGUGGCUCCAAGUGACAGAAGAGCGUCAGCGAUUGGUUGACCGAGGUCUCCUCCCCCAGCCGGCUGGAAGCAAUCCCCCGGCCGACCUCUGCGCUCUCCCGGAGCUAACUGAGCGUGCCCUGUUGGACAGCCUUCGUGCACGCUUCCGACAAGAAAAAAUUUACACUUAUGUUGGAAGUAUUCUUAUUGUGAUCAACCCUUUCCAGUUCCUGCCCAUCUACAAUCCUAAAUUUGUGAAACUAUAUGACAACCACACCCUGGGGAAACUUGAGCCGCACAUCUAUGCGGUGGCAGAUGUGGCUUAUCAUGCCAUGCUGCAGCGGAAGAAGAACCAGUGCAUUGUCAUUUCUGGUGAAAGUGGUUCUGGGAAAACGCAGAGUACAAACUUCCUCAUUCAUCACCUGACUGCACUCAGCCAAAAGGGAUUUGCCAGUGGGGUUGAGCAGAUCAUCCUUGGGGCAGGACCAGUGCUCGAGGCUUUUGGGAAUGCUAAAACGGCACACAACAACAACUCCAGUCGGUUUGGCAAGUUUAUCCAGGUCAACUACCAGGAGAGUGGAACUGUCAGGGGGGCCUAUGUGGAGAAAUAUCUGCUGGAGAAGUCUCGUCUGGUCUACCAGGAACACAAUGAGAGAAACUACCAUGUGUUCUACUACCUCCUGGCUGGAGCUAGUGAGGAAGAGAGGACGUCAUUUCACCUGCUCAAACCUGAGGCGUACCAUUUUCUUAACCAGGUGACAAAGGAAACACACAUCCACUGGGACAUUAACAAUGACGACGAUCUGGACUGCUUUACGGUGGAGGGAGAGGACCUGAAGCAUGACUUUGAGCGACUGCAACUAGCAAUGGAGAUGGUUGGUUUCCUGCCCACCACAAGAACGCGGAUUUUCAGCCUGCUAUCUGCGAUACUGCACCUGGGAAAUAUCCGCUACAAGAAGAAGACAUACCGUGACGAUUUAAUUGACAUCUCCAACCCUGAAGUUCUGCCAAUUGUCUCUGAGCUGCUGGAGGUCAGGGAGGAGAUGCUGUUAGAAGCGCUGACCACCAGACAGACUGUGACAGUGGGUGAACGCCUCAUUGUUCCCUACAAACUCACAGAGGCAGGCACGGUGAGAGACUCAAUGGCUAAGUCCUUGUACAGUGCAUUGUUCGAUUGGAUUGUGUUCAGGAUCAACCAUGCUCUCCUGAACAACAAGGACCUGGAGGAAAAUUCCAAGAUCCUGUCAAUUGGAGUUUUGGAUAUUUUUGGUUUUGAGGAUUAUGAAAAUAACAGCUUUGAACAGUUUUGCAUCAACUUCGCCAACGAACGCCUGCAGCACUACUUCAACCAGCACGUCUUCAAGUUACAGCAGGAAGAGUACCGCGCUGAAGGCAUCAAUUGGCACAACAUAGACUACACUGACAAUGGCAGCUGCCUCAACCUCAUCAGCAAGAAACCUACAGCCUUGUUCCACCUUCUGGACGAGGAGUGCAACUUCCCACAGGCCUCAAAUCAGACGUUGCUGGACAAGCUGAAGCGUCAGCAUGAAGGAAACAGCUACAUUGAGUUCCCGGCUGUCAUGGAGCCUGCUUUCAUUAUCCAACAUUAUGCGGGGAAAGUCAAAUACAGAGUCAAGGACUUCAGAGAGAAGAACACUGACCACAUGCGACCUGAUAUUGUGGCCUUGUUGAAAAGCAGCAAGAGUGCCUUCAUCUGCAGCUUGAUGGGAAUUGACCCAGUGGCCACUUUCCGCUGGGCCAUGUUGCGUGCGUAUUUCAGGGCCAUGGUGGCCUUCAGAGAGGCUGGCCGCCGACAUGCACACAGGAAGACUGGCAAUGAAGGUGCUGUACCAUGUGCUGUUGUCAAAAGCAUUGACACCUUCAGUUUCCUUCAUCAUCCUGUUCACCAGAGAAGCCUUGAAAUUCUUCAACGAUGCAAAGAUGAGAGCUACAGUAUUUCCAGAAAAAAUCCACGCACAACGCUGGCAGAUAUUCAAGGUGCCACCACUCUCAGUGAAAAAGCCAGCUGGAAUGGCUAUGGUUUUGGUAGUAAUGAUCACAAUACAAGGUCAAGUCGCCUUUUGCCCUCCGGGAAAAGACCAGCUCUGGAGGAGGAUGGAAUCUUCCUCGAUUCCUCCAACAGCAAGUUCUUAGAGAGAGCUCAAGGAAUCCUAAUGCGAAACAAACACUGCAAAAUGAAGCCCAACCUUCCCAAGCAAUUGCUGGAUGUGAAGUCACUGCGUUACCUGAGCAGCGUGACCCUGCACGACCGCAUCACCAAGUCUCUGCUUCACCUCCACAAGAAGAAGAAGCCUCCCAGCAUCAGUGCCCAGUUCCAGGCAUCCCUCGCUAAGCUCAUGGAAACUCUGGAACAGUCUGAGCCCUACUUUGUCAAGUGUAUUCGGUCCAACGCAGAAAAGCUGCCGCUACGAUUCAACGACAGCCUGGUCCUCAGGCAGCUGCGUUACACUGGCAUGUUGGAAACAGUCAGAAUCCAGCAGUCUGGAUACAGUGUCAAAUACACGUUUCAGGAGUUUGUCCGUCACUUUCAUGUGCUGCUUCCACGAAAGACAAGUCCAACCAAGUCUGGCAUCAGGGAGUUCUUUAGGAAGAUCCACCUUCUGCCUGUAGGCUAUCAAGUGGGCCACACCAUGGUGUUCCUGCGUGAAUCAGAACGUCAGCAUCUGCAGACUCUUCUUCACCAGGAGGUCCUGAGGCGGAUCAUCAUGUUGCAGAGGUGCUUCAGAGCGGUCCAGGAGAGGAAGAACUUCAUUAACUUGAGGCGAGCGGCACGUGUGAUCCAGAGAUGGUGGCGCAGCUGCUUUGCCCGAGAGUCUACCAUAGAUCAGAGGCUUGAGGAGGGGGCAGCGGUGUGCCUGCAGGCGGCCUGGAGGAGCUACAGAGAACAACGGAGGUUCCUGCAGAGGCGAGCAUUCGCCACAAUCAUACAGAGGAGCUGGAGAAGGUGCAGGCACCGAAGGAAUCUGGCUGCCAUCACGCUUCAAACUGCCUGGAGACGGUUCCGAGAGAGGCGAUGCUUCUGUCGGACCUACAGGGCCAUCCUGCUGCUGCAGGUGAUGGGCCAGGGCCAUCUAGCUAGACUCAGGUUCAAGCAACUGAGGGAGAGUGUGAGACUACCUUUAACGCCACUGGCUCAAGCAGAAGAUGAAUCUGAAAAUGACUGCCAUUCAGAACCAACAGACAUCCUGAAGGCCCCAUCAGCAGUUGGGCCCGGCAGCAAAGCAACAGACAAGAAGGACUUGGAGAGGAGUGACGGUGUGGAUAGGAGCAGCCACAGGACGCGGUCAAAAAGGGAGGGCAGGCGGAUGAGGGAAAUGGAACAGGCCCAAUUCUGCUUGGAGCUCCUCAAAGUUAGAGCCAGCACCAGUCCAAUUCAGGUUGGCAGCGGUUCCAGACAGACCCAGGAAGGACCAGCUACCAGUCACCAAAGCUUUGAGGCUGUGGAUGAAGACAGUAUGCAAGCUGAAGAAGAAUCAACUGCAAGACUAAAAUACAAGGUAAAGCCUACAUCAGACCAUCUAACCAUCACUGAGGGUCCUAGAGCAACUUUUUAUAUCUGCUCGGAUCAAAGUCCAACCCAUGAAUCCAAAUUAGCUACCCCCUUUAAGAGACAAGAGGUUACCACCCGAAAGUCUGCGUCUGUGUCGAAAGAAAGUCCAUCAGAGGAGGUGGGUCGGCAAACACCAGCAGCAUCUGAAAUCAAUCAUAUCUCAGGUACAGGUUUAGAACCGCUCAGGCAUGAGCUGUGUGAGGUCCAUAUCAGGAGGGAGGACACAUGGGUGGAACCCAAUAUCCUUUCAUUAAGUCACACUGGCGUAGAAAUCACCACGUCACGCAUGGAUGUUCAGAACACCACUGAACAAAGAAAGAUCAUUCCUGUUGUGUUGCCCAUUGGGCAACAGUGUGGCCCAAGCGCUGCCAGUCCAGUCACGUGCGCCAAACCUCCCAAAUCCCAGAACAAGAACUUUGGACAGACUGUCAUCGUGAACAUGACCGAAAAACCUUCCGCCACCAUCUCUGCGCCACCCAGAUGCAAGUUGCAGUUUUCCAAGUCAGAUAAAGAUUUAGUGAACCAGGAAAGAUCUUUGGCUUUUUUCAGGGAUGAUACCAAAGCUGUCCGCUGUGGGGAGGGUUCUCACAAGGAAUUCAAAAAGAUCCAAAAGGCGAUGUCCUCAGGUGAUUUGGUUAAAGUGGGGGUGCUUGCAAAAACCUCCACCCAAGACGGAAGGAUGAGAGGAAAGAUGAGAUUGUGGAGUAAAACCAAACACAACGAUAAGAAAGUGAGAGAGAAACAGAUGAACCGAAGCAACACUGAAAUCCUGUGUCCUCCUCACCAUCCUGUCUUAGAUGAGUAUACUGACAGAGUUAGUAAGGAGAGCAACGAGCCAGCAUGCACAAGGAGGCGUUGCAGUUUGAAGAUCAGCAAUGUUGCCAUGGAGCCAGUACAGUGGCAGAAUGAUGCUCUGCACAUCCUCACGUCAGCCCAUGACUACUGCAGUCUGAAUGACUUUCUCAUGAAGAAGAUUGCUGACCUGGACUCUCAAAACGGAAAGGACACAAUGAUUGACGUGGUCUUUAAAAAAGCACUUAAAGAGUUUCGGAUCCACAUCUUCAACUCCUACUCCACUGCUCUUGUUAUGGAUGAUGGGAAAAGCAUCCGCUACAAGGAUCUGUAUGCUCUGUUUGAGCACAUCCUGGAGAAGACCAUGCGUCUAGAGCAGCGGGACUGGAAAGAGUCGCCUGUCAGAGUGUGGGUCAACACCUUCAAAGUGUUUCUGGAUGAAUUCAUGACUGAAUGCAAGCCAAUGGAGGGUACCAUCACCAGGACGUUGAAGCGGGAACGCAAGAAGACAAGGAAGAAAGAAAGUGACAUUGUGGAGGAACACAAUGGCCACAUCUUUAAGUCCACACAGUACAGCAUUCCCACCUACUGUGAGUUCUGCUCCUCUCUCAUCUGGAUGAUGGACCGAGCCUGCGUCUGCAAAUUGUGUCGCUACGCCUGUCACAGAAAAUGCUGCUUCAGGAUGACUACACAAUGCAGCAAGAAGUACGAUCUGGAGCUGUCGUCUCGUCAGUUUGGCGUGGAGCUCUCCCGUCUGACCAGUGAGGAGCGAACGGUGCCUCAACUUGUUGAAAAGCUCAUAAACUACAUUGAGAUGCAUGGCUUAUACACUGAGGGGAUCUACCGGAAGUCUGGCUCCACCAAUAAAAUCAAAGAACUGAGGCAGGGACUCGACACAGAUGUGGGAAGUGUGAACCUGGACGAGUACAACAUCCACGUCAUCGCGAGUGUGCUGAAGCAGUGGCUGCGUGACCUGCCAAGUCCUCUCAUGACAUUUGAACUGUAUGAGGAGUUUCUGAGGGCGAUCGGUCAGUCGAACAAAAGUGAGGUGAUCCACGGGGUGUACUCGCUUAUAGAGCAGCUGAGCCGGACUCAUCUGAGCACACUGGAGCGUCUCAUCUUCCAUCUGAUUCGGAUUGUCUUGCAGGAGGAGACCAACAGGAUGUCUGCCAAUGCCCUUGCCAUUGUCUUUGCUCCCUGCAUUCUUCGCUGCCCUGACUCCAUCGACCCACUGCAGAGUGUCCAGGACAUCAGCAAGACCACUGCGUGUGUGGAGCUGAUCAUCAAUGAACAGUUAAGCAAGUACAGAGCUCGACUGAAAGACAUCAGUACUCUGGAGUUUGCUGAGAGCAAUGCCAAAAUGAGACUGACCCACAUCAGGAGGUCACUGAGUAAAAGUCUUGCUCAACAAAGUGGCUCACACUCAUCAAUGACAUUGCUGCCCCUAAGUCCAAAGGCGUCUGGUGUGCUGGAUGGAGAGACGGCUCGUGAAGGAAAGUGUGUGACCGAGGGACGGCUAAGUGAGCAGCAGCAAGCACACAUGUUGCAGGAGGAGCGAAUCCUCAGCCAACAAAUAGACAAUCUUCAACGAGAAAAGGAGGAGUUGACCUAUGAGAUGCUAAUUUUGGAGCCACAGGUGGUGGAUGAUGACACUCUGGAUUCAGAGGACUCCACUGCAACAUCAAACAGCUGUGAGAGAAUUACCAUGGAAACAGAAGAUUGCAGCACAUACCACCCCAGAACGUCUGAGGCGAAAAGCAGACGAACUCUACGACGACACCCUGACUUCCAUUCUGCAGACUCCGCCUCCAACCUCUCUUUUUCCUGUCACGCCUCAGUUUCCUUAGCUUCCGAUACUUCACCCGGCCCGACCUACCGAUUCCGCUCUUCAUCUUCGGGGCCUCUUCUUACCUCCUGCAGCUUCAGGGCACCAGAGUUCGAAGCGGACGGGGACCAAAAAUCAGACAGGGCUCAAAAAGCCACUAAGGCACGACAAAGGCUCAGGCUGAGCCGCAGUUCACCUCGAGAGCCUUCUGGCAGCCACCGUAGAGAUUCAGACUUCAGCUCGUCUCCACCGCAGCUGGUACCGUAUGGAUCCAAUGACUUCAUGGUCUGAUUGAUGAUGUGAAUGAAGCAAGAGCUGUCAAACCUGGAUUAGGGAGUCUGGGUGGGUGACCAUUGGGCCCCCUUCUCAAGUCCAGUCUGGCUGGGAGGCUACUUGAUGAGACACGGACAGAAGUGAUCCUGUGUGAACUUCAGAAAGACACGGCCUCCUACUGUUGCUCAGUGCUGAGCUCUGCAGCUGGAGACCCAUACCACUGAUAUGGAGCCAUACUGGUGGCCACCCUGCAGCCACGUGAUGUCGGAACCGAUCAUUGGUCCUGGGAAUGCAGCAGUUCUGUAAUACAAAGAGUUCUCAUCAUCAUCAUCAUCAUCAUCAUCAUCAUCAUCAUCACUAUUGUCGUCAUUAGUGAUGCUCAGAGUUGACACUGGCAGCAGUUUGGUUCAUGCACACACAUACACUACGCAUUGUAAAGGUAACGGCAGGGUCAGUAAAUGGAUCACGUUUUGACCAAGCAAACCUAUUGUUCUCAGAACGUAGAACGCAGAUCGACCCAUCUUCUGCAGGUCUCCUCAGGUGUAGUCCGACGUUUUUGACAGCUGCCUGGAUACACAGACAAAACCAAUGCCCCAAUGACUUCCAGUUCAUAGCUUCACUGGUCCACGUUGUUUCUGAGCUGUCAGCGCCCUCUCUAUUUCUCUGCCAGUGAAAUGUAGCAGACACUAGUAGCGUCAAAGAGUUUCCGUCCACAUGUCUCCUGAACUCUUCCACUCUUCAUGAUUUGAUACUGUGACUCAACUCUGCACUAAUAACCCUGCAAUAUCUUUGCUGCGACCGUGUGCCAUCAUUAAAAGAACUGGUCCUGUCUGAUCAGCAAUGAUACUAAUAUGGCAACAUUAUUGUGUGAAGUUUGAUUUACUUGUGUCACACUGCGAUUUAGCCACUGUCUCUUGCUAGCUUUAAAAUAUGUUUCGAGGCAUAAUGUGUCAACAGUGUAAUGCGCAUUACACGGAUGUAAAUAAUGCAGCGGGCUCAUCAUUGAUUGAAUCUCCACAGAGCACUUGACCGGGGGAAACAGACUCCUGAUCAGACCUGUGGUCUUGACAAUGCAAUUCGUGCAUUAUUCAUUCAGUCAUUCCACAGUAAUGUCCCAAAAGUUGAGCCUGUCGCUAGAAAGCAUGCUGUGCUUUUACUGUUUGCCUCUUUAUACAGUGUAUGUUAUGUACUAUUUAUGACCAACGUUUUGUGGCUGUACAUUGUUUUUAAGAAAGGAUAUAUUAUCCGUCAUGAACUACUCUUGUUAAUUUGCAAUGUUGCUCCAUGUGUCUGCUGUGUGUGUGCGUGUAUGUGUGUGUGCACGUCUGGACAUGGUUGUUCUCUAUAUAAGGUACAAUUGUUCCACUUGUUUUUGUCUUUUUUUAAGGGAUGCAAACAUGUUAAUAGCUGGAAAACAGAAUAAACAUUUACAGGAAAUUCUGUUCUUAUUAAAAUAAGCAAAGUUCUACUGAACUGUAUUUGCUCUUGCCU